UUUUGUCCAUAUUUGCCUCCAAUAACAGUCACCAACCUCUCGCUCGUCUCCAAUGGCGAUGAUUAAUGCGGCCCUUACCUUCUCAACCUACAAUCACUUUCCUACUUCACCGCUCUUUCCAUACUUCUAUAGCCGUUGCCACUCUCUAUCGUCCUCCCAAAAAAGCUUCCAUGGAGUGGCUUUUCCUUCAUCUCUUGUUACUUCUGCAAUCUACAAAACUCCAGCUUCAAUGUCCGUUAGGGCAGAUGUUACUCCUCUUAAUAGAGAACAGGUAGCUCCUCCUUUUAAUGUACUCAUCACAGGCUCUACGAAAGGCAUAGGAUUUGCACUUGCUAAAGAAUUUCUGAAAACAGGAGAUAAUGUCAUUGUCUGCUCAAGAUCAGCUGAAAGAGUGGAAUCUGCAUUGCAGAGCUUAAUACAUGACUUUGGACAGCAGCGUGUGUGGGGCACAACAUGUGAUGUUAGACAGGGGGAAGAUGUGAAGAAGUUAGUUCAUUUUGCUCAACAAAAUCUAAAACAUAUCGAUAUAUGGGAAAAUAUGUCAUAUUUAUACAUGAACUUACUUAAUGGGCAAAUAUUCCCACUAACACCAAAAGAAGCGAGUGUACCACACUUCUGUAAUUGGGUGCAACAUUGGUAAUCCGUUAAUUAAAUCUUCUUUUGUUGAAAUAUAUUUCUGUUA